AUGAUCUUAAAGGUCAUCGAUUCAAUCUCAUUUCUGAAGCUGCAGCUGGAGGCCGGGUUCGGCGAGGGCCCGGGCCCGCCCGGCAACAACAACCCCGCGCCGCCGGGAGCCGCCACGCCGGUCCGGGACGACAACCACAAUGCGCCGCCGCCCGCGCCCUGCCCGCGGGCGCGCCCCAUGACGCCUACUGAAGCCCUGAAACUCUACGGCGACCGUCUCUCGGAGUGGGAGCGCGCGGAGAUCAGGAAGUACCCCGAGGUGUGGUUCCUGGGGCUGGACUCGCACAAGGUGCAGGCGCGCGCCGCGCUGCCCAACAACGCCGGGUUUGAUGAUGAUAACGGCAGCUAUAAUAAGUCGAUGCACGACCACGUGGCGUACCGCUACGAGAUCCUGGAGGUGAUCGGGAAGGGCUCGUUCGGGCAGGUGAUCCGCGCGCUCGACCACCGCACCGGCACCUGCGUUGCCAUUAAGAUCAUCAGAAACAAGAAGCGCUUCCACCACCAGGCCCUGGUGGAGGUCCGCGUGCUGGACCACCUGCGGCUCAAGGACCGCGAGCAGGCGCACAACGUCAUCCACAUGCUCGACUACUUCUACUUCCGCAACCACCUGUGCAUCAGCUUCGAGCUCAUGAGCAUAAACCUGUACGAGCUGAUAAAGAAGAACAACUACCAGGGGUUCAGCCUGAGCCUCAUCCGGCGGUUCGCGAGCUCGCUGCUGCGCUGUCUGCGCCUGCUUGAGGCCGAGAACAUUAUACACUGCGAUCUGAAACCUGAGAACAUACUGCUGAAGGCGCGCGGCAGCAGCUCGAUCAAGGUGAUAGACUUCGGGUCGUCGUGCUACACGCAUGCGCGGGUGUACACCUACAUACAGUCGCGCUUCUACCGGAGCCCCGAGGUCAUACUGGGGCUGCAGUACGGGACGGCUAUCGAUAUGUGGAGUAUGGGAUGCAUCCUGGCAGAACUACACACGGGCUACCCGCUGUUCCCGGGGGAGAACGAGGCGGAGCAGCUGGCCUGCAUCAUGGAGCUGCUGGGCCCGCCGCCGCCCGACCUGCUGCUGCAGGCCACCAGGAAGCGACUGUUCUUUGACUCUAAGGGCUCCCCACGCUCAGUGACCAACUCGAAGGGGCGCAAGCGGCGGCCCUCCACGCGCAGCCUGGCCGCCGCCGUGCGCAGCGACGACCCCGCCUUCAUGCACUUCCUGCACCGCUGUCUCGAAUGGGAUCCAAAGAGGCGGAUCACGCCGACGGAAGCGACGCGGCACGAGUUCAUAACCGGAUGUCCGCUCGGCUCCACCACCUCUAUGGUAGGGUCCAUAGCACGGGCGGCCCCCGCGCCGGUGCGGGCAGGGGCGCGGGGGGCGCUGCUGCACUCGCAGUCAGCUGGCGACGUGGCCGCCAUGUUGGGGCGCGCGUGACGUCACACGCACGUAUGAAGACCGACCACCGAGCUCAUGUAGUCUUCGUGCCUUCUGGGGUGAUGUCUGGACAGUGUCACUCACUAGAGAUGUAUAGGUGAUAAACUUGGAUGAAGGUCAUAACCUAGUGUAGAUUUUAACUUCCGAAUGGAAAACACGAACUGUAGACGCAAUAACAGCAAAAGGUCCCCUUUGGACAAAGUGCAUCUUCUCAUUCUUAAAAAAAAUAACUAUGACUUUCUUCCAAGUUUUGCUGGCGUAGAUUAAAGGCAUACAUACCUACAUACACAUAGUAAAUUACAAGUAAAAUAUUACAAGUAAAUUACAUACAUAGA